UGCCUGUCUGUCUGUCUGUCUGUCCGUCCCUCUCGGGCUGGGUGGGCUCUGGGAGGAGCUGGAGGGCUGGAGUACAGCGAGGUGCUGCCCGACUCCUUCCCGUCGGCGCCGGCCGAGACGCUCCCGCACUUCCUGCUGGAGCCGCAGGACGCCUACAUCGUCAAGAACAAGCCCGUGGAGCUCGUGUGCCGCGCCAACCCCGCCACGCAGAUCUACUUCAAGUGCAACGGCGAGUGGGUCAACCAGAACGACCACGUCACCAAGGAGAGCCUGGACGAGGUCACCGGGCUGCUGGUGCGGGAGGUGCAGAUCGAGGUGUCCCGGCAGCAGGUGGAGGAGCUCUUUGGCCUGGAGGAUUACUGGUGCCAGUGCGUGGCCUGGAGCUCGGCGGGCACCACCAAGAGCCGCCGUGCCUAUGUCCGCAUCGCCUACCUACGGAAGAACUUUGAUCAGGAGCCACUGGGCAAGGAGGUCCCGCUGGAGCACGAGGUGCUGCUGCAGUGUCGCCCACCCGAGGGGGUCCCACAGGCUGAGGUGGAGUGGCUGAGGAACGAGGACGUCAUCGACCCCACCCAGGACACCAACUUCCUGAUCACCAUCGACCACAACCUCAUCAUCAAGCAGGCCCGGCUGCUGGACACUGCUAAUUACACCUGCAUGGCCAAGAACAUCGUGGCCAAGCGCCGGAGCACCACGGCCGCUGUCAUCGUCUACGUGAAUGGUGGCUGGUCCACCUGGUCCGAGUGGUCUCCGUGCAAUAACCGCUGUGGCCGGGGCUGGCAGAAGCGCACCCGGACCUGCACCAACCCCGCGCCGCUGAACGGCGGCUCCUUCUGUGACGGGCAGCCCUUCCAGAAAAUCACCUGUACCACCCUCUGCCCGGUGGACGGCGCGUGGACGGAGUGGAGCAAGUGGUCGGCGUGCAGCACCGAGUGCACCCACUGGCGCAGCCGCGAGUGCGCGGCCCCCGCGCCCCGCAACGGCGGCAAGGACUGCAGCGGCGUGCUGCUGGACUCCAAAAACUGCACCGACGGCCUCUGCCUGCACAAUAAAAGAAUUCUAAACGAGCCCAAAAGCCACCUGCUGGAGGCCACGGGCGAUGUGGCCCUGUACGCCGGGCUGGUGGUGGCCAUUUUUGUCUUCAUCGUGAUCCUCAUGGCCGUGGGGGUGGUGGUGUACCGGAGGAGACGCCGGGAUUUCGACACAGACAUCACGGACUCCUCGGCCGCUCUGACCGGAGGGUUCCACCCCGUCAACUUCAAGACAUCCCGGCAUGACAACCCUCAGCUGCUGCACCCAUCGAUGCAGCCAGACCUGACGGCCAGCGCGGGUGUGUACCGUAGCCCCAUGUACGCCCUGCAGGACUCCUCCGACAAGAUCCCCAUGACCAACUCGCCCCUGCUGGACCCCCUGCCCAGCCUCAAGAUCAAGGUGUACAACUCCUCCACCGCCUCCUCCUCCUCACCGGGGCUGCACGAUGGCAACGACCUGCUGGGGGGUGUCCCCGCCACCGGCACCUACCCAGGGGACACCGCCAGGGACGGCCACUUUGCCAACGUGAGGAGCAAAGGUCUGGGCUCCCAGCACCUCCUCAGCCUGCCCCGGGAGCAUGGCUACAACGCCAGCGGCACUUUUGGCUACCUGGGGGGAAGGCUCACCGUGCCAGGCACAGGGGUCAGCCUGCUGGUGCCCCACGGGGCCAUCCCCCAGGGGAAGUUCUACGAGAUGUACCUGGUGCUCAACAAAGCUGAGACCGCCCUGCUGCCCUCGGAGGGCACACAGACCGUGCUGAGCCCGGCGGUGACCUGCGGACCCACGGGGCUGCUCCUGUGCCGCCCCGUCGUCCUGACCAUUCCCCACUGUGCCGACGUCAGCUCCUCGGAUUGGAUCUACCAGCUGAAAACACAGUCCCACCAGGGAAACUGGGAGGAAGUUGUGACUCUGGAUGAAGAGACCCUCAACACUCCCUGCUACUGCCAGCUGGAAGCCAAGUCCUGCCACGUCCUGCUGGACCAGCUUGGCACCUACGUCUUUGUGGGGGAGUCCUACUCCAGGUCAGCCAUCAAGAGGCUUCAGCUGGCCAUCUUUGCCCCCACUGUCUGCACCUCCCUGGAGUAUAGCCUCAAGGUCUACUGCUUGGAGGACACGCCAGAUGCUCUGAAGGAGGUGCUGGAGCUGGAGAGGACACUGGGAGGGUACCUGCUGGAGGAGCCCAAGCCCCUGCCCUUCAAGGACAGCUACCACAACCUGCGCCUCUCCAUCCACGACAUCCCCCAUGCGCUGUGGAGGAGCAAACUGCUGGCCAAGUACCAGGAAAUCCCCUUCUACCACAUCUGGAGUGGCAGCCAGCGAGCGCUGCACUGCACCUUCACGCUGGAGAGGUACAGCCAGGCCUCCACCGAGCUCACCUGCAAGAUCUGCGUCCGGCAGGUGGAAGGGGAAGGGCAGAUCUUCCAGCUCCACAUCACACUGGGAGAGCACGGCAGCUCCUCCGACACCCUCCGCUCCCACCACAGCGGUGCCACCACCACCACCACCACCCAGGUGGGACCCUACGCCUUCAAAAUCCCCCUCUCCAUCCGGCAGAAGAUUUGCAACAGCCUGGAUGCUCCCAACUCCAGGGGCAACGACUGGAGACUUCUUGCCCAGAAGCUUUCCAUGGACCGGUAUCUGAACUACUUUGCCACCAAAGCCAGCCCCACCGGGGUGCUCCUGGACUUGUGGGAAGCCGAGCACCAGGACGACGGCGAUCUCAACACCCUGGCCAGUGCCUUAGAGGAGAUGGGCAAGAGCGAGAUGCUGGUGGUCAUGGCCACGGAGGGGGACUGCUGA